AUACCUAAUCGAAAUAGGUGUGAUACUGUCAGCUGACUGAACGUGAAAAUUUACAUCGACUUUAUUUAUUCUUCUUUCUCCAAAAUAUCUUGUAACUUAUUUUUACAAUAAUGACACUUCAUUCAGCUGGAAAGGGUAAACUUCUUGCGGUAAUAGGAGAUGAGGAUACAUGUGUAGGAUUCCUACUUGGAGGUGUUGGAGAAAUUAAUAAACAUCGUCAACCUAAUUUUAUGGUUGUUGAUAAAAAUACACCAGAGAGUGAAAUAGAGGAUACAUUUAAGCGUUUUAUUAAAAGAGAUGACAUUGACAUUAUUCUUAUAAAUCAAAAUGUUGCUGAAAUGAUUAGACAUGUUAUUGACAGUCAUACUCAGCCUAUUCCUUCUGUAUUAGAAAUUCCUAGUAAGGAUCAUCCAUAUGAUGCUAGUAAAGAUUCAAUUCUAAGACGUGCUAAGGGCAUGUUCAAUCCAGAAGAUAUACAUUAAACUAUAUGUUGUUUAUAUAAUAAAAGAAAGUAUAACUUAAUUAAAUAUACUAAUUGUACAAUA